AUGAACGAAGGCGAAGCAGUCAGCGCAACAACCAGCACUACAGUACAACAUGGUACAACACCGGCAGAAAUUUGCCGUAUAGGUGUCAAGCCGCCGGUAUUUUGCAAACGCGACCCUGACUUAUACUUCCUGCAGAUGGAGGCGCAAUUUCGCGAAAUUGACGAAAUACGACUACGUGAUUGGGUCGUUAGAUGGGUCUACACUAAGAAACGUUGCGGAUAUUACUUUGCUGACUCUGAAAACAAAAAAUUACGCAGACUCAUACUCGAGUGCGAACUGCAUGACAACAAGCCAUCACAAUUACUUUGCACUAUGCGCGACCUAGCAGCUGGAGCCAUGAAUGACGGCGCACUGAAACAAUUCUGGCUAGAUCGUUUGCCCGUUGCAGUGCGAGCUGUUGUGUCCAUCGCUGACGGUGAUCUUGACAAAUGCGCACUUCAAGCUGAUAAAAUGAUGGAGAUGGGGAGUUAUGGUUCUGUAGCCACUGUAGAUGGUGCAAAAAAUUCUCAAUCAGCACAGUCAUCAUCAAUUGAAGAAAUGCAAACCAUAAAUAACGCCGUUUUACAACUGAGCAAAGAUGUAGCUGAAAUAAAGCAGCGACAAUACUCAAAUAGAAGACCUCGAUUCCGAACUCCAGAUCGUGAUCCAGUCCAGCACAUCCGCACAUGUUCUGCAAAUCAGGUUAGUAAGCAACCUCUUUGUUUCUACCAUUACAGGUUUGGUGCCAAUGCAAUCAAAUGUACCAAACCUUGCAAAUACAAGGCACCGGAAAACUAA